CUGGACAUCAGGGGCUGGCACAUCAGGCUGCGCAGCGGGCAGAGGCACAUCGGGCUGGCGCAGCGGGCAGAGGCACAUCGGGCUGCGCAGCAGGCAGAGGCACAUCGGGCUGGGCAGUGGGCGGAGGCACAUCAGGCUGGGCAGCGGGCACCGGGCCAUCAGGCGGAGCAGCGGGCACUGAGUAACCAAGCUCGACAGCUGGCACCGAGUCACCAAGCUCGACAGCGGGCACCGAGUCAUCUGGCACGACAGCGGCACCGAGUCAUCUGGCACGAAAGCGGGCACCGGGUCACCAAGCUGGACAGCGGGCACCGAGUCAUCUGGCACGACAGCGGGCACCAAGUCAUCUGGCACGACAGCGGGCACUGGGUCAUCUGGCACAACAGCGGGCACGGGUCACCAAGCUGGACAGCG